GAUGUGCCCCGCGAGCGGGUGUUUUUUCGGGAGGCGGCGGCGACGGAGGAGCGGAAAAAACAUUUCGGAGAGCACGCGGUCUGGCGUAAAUCACGGAGAAAUAGUAUCAGCUGAUUGUGCAUAAACUGAUCUGUGACUGGACUAAGGAUGGGAGAAAACAGUGAUGGAGAGAGUAGGAGUGAGGAUAUGGAGUACAAUAACUGGACUGAAGUAGGGAGAAAUAAACGAGCCAGGAAUCGUAAUAGUGUAUCUGGUAGUAGUUUGGUAGGGAGAGAGGAAGGCAGGGGGAUGAGGAGGAGGAUUGUUGAGAAUGUAGGGUUCAAAGUCAUUUUGAGAUUCAAGGAAGUUAAUGAUAUUAGGAAAGUGAGUCCGGUGGCUCUGACCCGCGGGUUGAAGGAGAAAGUGGGUGAUAUUCUGAUGGCCAAGGUGCUGGCUGAUGGUGGCUUGUUGAUCGAAUGUAACGAUGAGGAACAGAGAGAGAAAGCAAUGCAGCUGAAAAAAGGUGUGCAUUAUGGUGGUUGAGAGUGCUAAGAAGAUAAGUGACGGGCCCUUCGUGAGAGGAGUUAUAUUUGGUAUCCCAAUGGAGGAAAGGGUGGAAGAUUUGAGAUCAAGUAUAAGAGGUGGGAAAAUUAUAGGGAUUAAACGUCUGCAAGUAAGAAGAGGGGGAGAAAGGGUUGAUAGUUUGUCAGUGUUGCUGAAUUUCCAAGAGAGGGUGUUGCCUGAUAAAGUCACUGUGGGAUAUAUGAGGUACAAUGUAAGAGCUUGUGUCCCACCACCGUUGAGGUGUUUCAAAUGUCAAAAAUACGGACAUAUUGCAGCAGCGUGCAAAGGCAAACAAAAGUGUGGAAAAUGUGGAGGGGAACAUGAGUAUGGGAAAUGUAAGGACGGGACAGAGCUCAAAUGUGCAAAUUGCGGAGGUGCACAUAGCGUGGCCUAUGGUGGGUGUGAAGUAAGAAAGAAGGCAGUGGAAGUGCAGCAGCUAAAAGUGAAAAUGAAUAUAUCGUAUGCAGAAGCAGCAAUGAUGGUUCAGAGGGAGAGUAGAAUGGAGAGAGGGGGGAGAUAUAACAAGGAAGGAACCGUCUCAGCAGGCAAAUGAACAACCUGUAGCAAAGGGGAGACGGGAAUGUCUUGACAAUAAAUAAGGAAAACUUUGUAUAUUCCAUGGUGGAAGUGCACAUUUCAAGCAAAAGAGAGAUCUGAGAAGAUUGAAAUAAUAGUAAAGAGUGCAGCAAUAUAUUUAAAUAUUCAGGGGAUAACUGGGAUGGCUGUUCAGGAAGAGCUUAAAAAGCAGGAACAAUUAAACAAAGAAUCAAGUUCACAGGAAUAGUCAUAAUGUUAAUUCUACAGUGGAAUGCAAGGAGUCUGAUAGCAAAUGGCCAGGAAUUUAAAAGUUUUCUUAAUGGGGUAGAAUAUAAACCGGAUAUAAUAUGUGUUGAAGAGACAUGGCUUAAACCAAGCAUAGCUUUUGUGAUCCAGGGACAUGUGUGCAUAAGCGGGGAUAGAGAACGGGGUAAUGGGGGAGGAUGUGCUACCUGUGUUAGGCAAGGAAUUUCUUAUCGAGAAAUAGGAAUACGAAAAGACCUAGAAUAUGUCGUUGUUGAAGUGUGGGUAGGAGAUGAAAGUUUGAUCGUGGUAAACUUCUACAAUCCGUGUCAACGAUUGGAGUUGGAAGCAUUAGAGGCAAUAAAAGGGAUUAGACAGAAGAAGGGUUAUUUGGUGUGGUGAUUUUAAUGCGCAUAGUACUCUCUGGGGAGGGGAAAAGACUAACAGGAAUGGAUUGAUAGUGGAGGAGGUGAUGGACUCCUUGGGACUGGUAUGUUUAAAUGAUGGGACUUUCACAAGAAUUAAUUACAACUCAGCUCGCGAAGUGGGUUCCGGGUCCAGGUCUUGGUGUUGGUGUGACCCCCGCGCGGUUUUCCGUCGAGAUGUCGUCGCCCGAACGCGAAGGAAACAUCAGUCAGCUCAAUAAGUUUGAGAAACUGUCGUGGAGGCCCCUCAGCCGCGACUCCGAACAUUGCGUUCCCCCGGCCCGGAGCGGACACCGCUGCAUCGCGGACAGCACCAACCUGUAUGUGUUUGGGGGCUUCAACCCAAAUUUUCAUCAGGCGGGCGGGUCAGAGAAUGAGGACUACCCUCUUUUCAGGGAGCUUUGGCGAUUUCAUUUUGCCACGGCCACCUGGCAACAAGUCCGGACGGAGGGUUACAUGCCCACAGAGCUGGCCUCGAUGUCAGCUGUUCUCCAUGGCAGCAACCUGCUGGUAUUUGGCGGCACUGGGAUUCCAUUUGGUGAAAACAACGGCAAUGACCUCCAUGUUUGCGAUGUUCAGUACAAAAGAUGGAGCCUGCUCAACUGCAGGGGGAAGAAACCCAACAAGGUCUACGGACCGGCCAUGGUCAUCAUCAAUGGCCACCUCUACGUGUUUGGCGGGACAACGGGCUACCUUUACAGUACCGACCUGCACAGGCUUAACCUGGCCACCCGAGAGUGGACCCAGCUCAAACCCAACAAUGCACUCAUGAAUGCACAACUUUACAGGUACUGACACGAACUAGCUCAUGAUGGACAGAGAAUAUACAUUUUAGGAGGUGGGACUUCCUUGAUGUCAUAUUCACUGGACCAGAUUCAUGCAUAUAACUUGGAGACAAAUUACUGGGAGGAAAGUGUCACCCAACCCGACGGAAGAAUAGGAUUUCCUGCUGCUCGCCGUUGUCACAGCUGUGUGCAGGUCAAAGAUGAGGUGUUUAUAUGUGGGGGUUAUAACCGAGAGCUGAUCCUCUCCGACAUGUGGAAAAUCAACCUGCAGACAUUUCAGUGGACCAAGCUGCCUGCAGUGAUGCCUGAACCGGCCUAUUUUCACUGUGCUGCAGUCACUCCGGCGGGCUGCAUGUAUGUGCACGGCGGUGUCGUCAACAUGUAUGGGAACAGAAGGUCCAGCUCCUUGUACAAAGUGUGGUUGGUGGUGCCCAGCCUGCUGGAGCUGACCUGGGAGAAACUGCUGAAGACGUUCCCUCACUUAGCUCAGCUGUCCACGCUUCAGCUGCUCAGCAUGGGACUGACACAGAUGUUAAUCCAGCGGCUGAAAUGAACACCACACAGAGACAGGAGGAAGAAGUCGGCACUGAUUAAAAACAAAAGAAUCCCUCACGACUAAGAAGAGAGUCUGAUGUCAGAUGAU